AUGUCUAAACGACGACCAACUUCUAAGGCUGUAACUUGGUUGAGCGGAGAAGUAUUUAAUGAAAACAAUGUCUCAAAUACGUUUCAUUAUUUUAGUAAGUUCCAAUUCAAAGAUAUUAUUGCUGAGGUAGGCGACUAUGUCUUAGUAUCAAAUGCUGACUCCGCAGAGCCGGAUACCGAAGAAGGCUGCGACGCGGCGAAAAUUCUUGCACUGUAUGAGGAUCAUUACAAUAAACAUGACCCCUUUAGGGCAAAAGUGCAGUGGUACUCGAAAGUAAAUGAUUUGCCAAAGAAAAAUUUGAAUAAUAAGGAGCAAUUAGACUUUUUAGAUAAAGAAGUAGUUGAAGACCAUCGGCCAUUUAACACCAAUGUUUCCAUAGAAACAUUUUACAAAAGGUGCUACAUUAAUUUUGUUCUAACCAAAGACACAGCUAGAGAUUUGACUAUAUCACCUUACCAUUAUAUUUGUCGUUAUAGACUUGUAAGUAUUACUAAGAGAAAGAUUGCCUUAGAACCAGUUCUAGAGGAAGAACGAAAGGCUUUAGAUCUAUUGGUUACCCCUAAGAAGAACACAACACCCAAAACACCAAGUAGUUUAGUUAAGAGAAUGGGUAGGGUAUCAAUUUCUGAUAGAAAUUGGAGUGUUAGCAAAAACGAUGGAACAAAGCUCUUACUCAAAAGAGCAAUACUAUCAGACAUCAAUGAUAAGGAGCUUCCGAAAGCUCCAGCAGCACCAAAUGUUACUGAAACACCUAAAAGUGCAAAGAAAAUAAAUAAUAAGUUUGAAGAAAUUAUAUCUAUGGAAUUGAAGGAGAAUUCUGAUGAUGAACUACCAACACUUAUAAUCAGACAACAUAUUCAAACAACACCGAAACGUAAGACACCAGCUCGUAAACCUAGCCUAUCCGAGACACCUAAGAAAACAUUACUCUUUGAGGAGGAAAAAGAAUACUCUACAAGAUCAGGAAGAAAAAUAAAGCUCCCUGCUACAUAUUGUGAGCCGGAAGUCUCACCUGUGAAAAGGACUCCACAUAGAAAUCGUAAAGUUUCAGAAACUAGUGAUGACUUUGAAAUGACACCUAGAACCCUGCGUACACCUAGGACUCCCAGGGUUCCUAAGACGCCUAAAACACCAAGGAGCUCCUUUGCAAGAACUCCAGCCAGUGUUAAGAGGAUUCUAACAAGUGAACUAACUCCUACACUCCAUUCUCGAGCUCAUAGUCUUGACAAUAUUAAUGAAUUCACAAAUGAUUGCCGAUCCUUGCCUGGUAGAGAGAAGCAGUUAGAUGAGAUAAUGUCAUUUGUUAAAACAAAACUAUCGGAUAGUGUUAGUGGGUGUAUGUACAUAUCUGGAGUACCUGGAACCGGCAAAACAGCCACAGUUAAUACAGCCUUAAAGAUCCUCAAAGAAGACAUAGACCUUCCCGACUUUCAGCUCGUUGAAGUAAAUGGAAUGAGAAUUGCAGAGCCCCGACAAGCCUAUGUACAAAUUUAUAAACAGUUAACUGGUAAAGCAGUGGUAUGGGAACAAGCUUGUACGCUCUUAGAAAAACGGUUCACAAAGCCCGGUCCUCGAAGAGUACCUACUGUCUUGGUUGUGGAUGAGUUAGACGCACUAUGCAAUAGAAGGCAAGACGUGUUGUAUAGUAUAAUGGAAUGGGCAGCCCAUAACUCAGCGCUGCUGACCGUUCUAGCUGUAGCCAACACUAUGGACUUGCCAGAACGAGCUCUUGCAGCCAGAGUUGCAUCCAGGCUAGGUCUGACCAGGCUCACCUUUCCACCGUACACUCACACCCAGCUCCAGUGUAUUGUGGCUACUAAGCUAGCCGGAGCCAAUGUUACACCUGAUGCUAUUCAAUUGAUAUCUAGAAAGGUAGCCGCUGUUUCUGGAGACGCGCGACGUGCGCUUGCGUUAUGUACUAGGGCAUUGGAAAUAGCGGGCGACAAGCAAGCCGGUCUUCUUGAAGUGCAGCAGGCUCUAGGCGAAGCAGCGUCGAGUGCUGCUGUUAGAGCAAUCCGGAAUUGCUCGGCUGCUGAAAGGCUUAUGUUGAGGGCUGUGGCCGCUGAGGUAGAGCGAACAGGAUCAGAUGAAACAACACUAUCUCGAGCUCUCGCAACAGCGGCUGCGAUAGUAGCUCUAGACGGACGUCCAUACAAAUGUGCAGCAAACAUCCGCGCCCCCACCCCAACUCAGGCGCAGACUAUAUGUUCUAGAUUAGCAGCCUUAAAGUUAUUGCUGCUAGAACCAAAGCCAUCUGAACCCCGGCUGCUAUUAAAUGUCAGCGCAGAUGAUGUCCAUUAUGCUACUAAGCAAAUUACUGUAUAA